CGUCAUUGCCUGGGCGACCGUCCGCGGAAAUUUGAAAUGGCUGACGGAUCGCUGACUUGCGGCGGUCUGGAGGCGGCGGCCAUGUCGCCGGAGCGCACGGGCUGGGCGGCCGAGCAGGAGCCAGCGUCUCUGGAGAAAGGUUUGUUCCAAGAUGAAGAUUCAUGCAGUGAUUGUAGCUACCGUGAUAAACCAGGUUCUAGUUUACAAAGUUUUAUGCCUGAAGGAAAAACCUUUUUCCCAGAAAUUUUCCAAACAAAUCAACUUUUGUUCUAUGAGCGAUUCAGAGCCUAUCAAGAUUACAUUUUAGCUGACUGCAAGGCCUCUGAGGUACAGGAAUUCACAGCUGAGUUCUUGGAGAAGGUCCUUGAGCCAUCUGGAUGGCGGGCAGUGUGGCACACUAACGUGUUCAAGGUACUGGUUGAGGCCACAGAUGUGGACUUUGCAGCCUUGAAGGCAGUGGUGAGGCUUGCUGAACCAUACCUCUGUGACUCUCAAGUGAGCACUUUUACCAUGGAGUGCAUGAAGGAGCUCCUCGAUCUGAAGGAACAUCGGUUGCCCCUGGAGGAGCUCUGGGUGGUGUUUGAUGAUUCGGGAGUGUUUGACCAGACAGCCCUUGCAAUUGAGCAUGUCAGAUUUUUCUACCAAAACAUUUGGAGGAGUUGGGAUGAAGAAGAGGAGGAUGAAUACGAUUAUUUUGUCAGAUGUGUUGAACCUCGAUUAAGAUUGCAUUAUGACAUUCUUGAAGACCGAGUUCCAUCAGGACUUAUUGUUGACUACCGCAAUCUGUUAUCUCAAUGUGAGGAGAGUUACAGGAAAUUUUUAAAUCUGAGAAGCAGUUUGUCAAAUUGUAACUCUGAUUCCGAGCAGGAAAAUAUCUCCAUGGUGGAAGGGUUAAAAUUGUAUUCGGAGAUGGAACAGUUGAAACAAAAGCUGAAACUCAUUGAGAAUCCUUUGUUGAGGUAUGUGUUUGGUUAUCAGAAGAAUUCUAAUAUCCAAGCAAAGGGUGUCCGUCCCAGCGGUCAGAAGGUCACUCACGUGGUCUCCUCCACCAUGAUGGCUGGUCUCCUCCGGUCCCUGCUCACAGACAGGCUUUGUCAGGAGCCCGGUGAGGAAGAAAGAGAAAUUCAGUUCCAUAGUGAUCCACUGUCUGCUAUAAAUGCCUGCUUCGAAGGUGACACUGUUAUUGUUUGUCCUGGCCAUUAUGUGGUACAUGGCACUUUCUCCAUUGCUGACUCCAUUGAGUUGGAAGGAUAUGGCCUACCAGAUGACAUUGUGAUAGAAAAGAGGGGCAAAGGUGACACUUUUGUGGACUGCACUGGUGCUGAUAUUAAAAUCUCAUGCAUAAAAUUUGUUCAGCACAAUGCUGUAGAGGGAAUCUUAAUUGUUCACCGUGGUAAGACUACGCUGGAAAACUGUGUGCUGCAGUGUGAGACAACUGGAGUCACAGUGCGGACAUCGGCAGAGUUUCUAAUGAAGAACUCGGAUUUAUAUGGCGCCAAGGGUGCCGGUAUAGAAAUCUACCCUGGGAGUCAGUGCACCCUGAGUGACAAUGGGAUCCAUCACUGCAAGGAAGGGAUCCUCAUUAAGGACUUCUUAGAUGAACAUUAUGACAUUCCCAAGAUAUCCAUGGUGAAUAACAUAAUACAUAAUAAUGAAGGUUAUGGUGUUGUCUUGGUGAAACCUACAAUCUUCUCUGACCUGCAAGAAAAUGCUGAAGAUGGAACUGAAGAAAAUAAAGCACUUAAAAUUCAGACAAGUGGAGAGCCAGAUGUGACUGAAGGAGUGGAUCUAGAAGAACUGAUGCAGUGUGCAACUGGUAAAAUGGAGCUUUAUGCAAGAACUGACCCUUCUGAGCAAGUCGAGGGAAAUUGUGAAAUUGUAAAUGAACUAAUUGCUGCCUCCACACAAAAAGGCCAGAUGAAGAAGAAAAGGUUGAGUGAACUGGGGAUCACUCAAGCUGAUGACAACUUAAUGUCACAGGAGAUGUUUGUUGGGAUUGUGGGGAACCAGUUCAAGUGGAAUGGGAAAGGUAGUUUUGGCACAUUUCUUUUCUGACAACAGUGAUGUAAGUAGAUAGCAAAAGACUGGAUUUUGCACAUGCUGCCCUAAGAAUCACUGCUGCCAUUGUAGUUUGCUUUAAUGUCUGUGUUUUAUAUUUGAUUAUUUGGGCUUGAGUGAAAGGUAGAUUUAUUUCCAUUUGCAGGUGUUGCACAUAAAACACUCCCUCUUUAUAAGAAAAAUCAUAAAUGCAUAUAAAAUAGAAAAUAUUUGGAGAUUCCUAUCUGAAAGUCUUGCUUUCUUCUACACAUGGUUCUCUCAUAUUAAGCCUGAUAGUAACUUUUUAGUGUAAUUACCUUUAGCACUUCAAAGAUGAGGAAGAAAGGAAGGGACUGCAAGACUAGUGCAUAAAAAUGCAAUAGAUGUCAUAUGUACAGGGUUCUUCUUAGAGUUGCCUUUUCAUCCUAAUUACAGUGAGUCUGAUUUCCAUCUUGUACUUGUCUUAAAAUAAAAGCUUUUAUGAUUGGGAAUUUAUCUGCCUAAUCAGACUUAUUAUUGAGACUGUCAAUGGGAUGCAUUUUUCUGUUGAGCUAUGCAGUCAUCAAAAACAGUGAUAGACAGCAUAGGAAGUUUGAAGCAGAAAUGAAAUGUGUUAUUCAGAGCCAAUGUUGUCCAUAGAGCAUUUUUACUGUUGCUGAAUGGGAAUGAUUAAAAACAAGGUAUUUUUCAGACCAGGUUGUGGCUCACACUUGUAAUCACAGCACCUUGGGAGGCUGAGGCAGAAGGAUCACUUGAGCCCAAGAGUUCGAGACUAGCCUGGGCAACAUAGUGAGACCCUGUCUCUACUAAAAGUAAAUU